CCUUCGAAUCCUCAAAACAUCCCAUCCCCCAUUAAAAACCUCUCUCUCUCUUCUCUUCUCUCUCUCUCCCUCUCUCUCUAAAUUCUGAAGGAAAUUCUGAAGGAAGCGCGUCGGCAUCACAAUAGGAAAGCACGAUUUUUUCUUCACACAGGGAAGAACUGAUUUGUGUAACCAGAAGUAAAGGUAUCAGCUAUGGAUUCAUCUUCGACCGAGGCUUCCGCACAAAUGCAGGAAGUAAUGCUGGAGUUUAGGGCUGGUAAAAUGCAGUUUGAUGGGAAAAAGGUUGUUCCUGAUACUCGUAAAGGACUUGUUCGCAUUGGAAGGGGCGAGGAGGGAUUAGUCCAUUUUCAGUGGCUUGAUCGGACACUAAAUGCUGUGGAAGAUGAUCAGAUUAUUUUUCCCGAUGAAGCUAUUUUUGAGAAGGUUAAUCAAUCAUCGGGAAGAGUUUACAUAUUGAAGUUCAACACAGACGACAGAAAAUUCUUCUUUUGGAUGCAGGAGCCUAGAGCUGAAGGUGACUCACAGUUAUGCAGCUCCGUAAACUACUACAUCAAUCGACCUUUAGAGUUUGGGGGUGAAGACGAGCCAGAUGCUUCUGUACCACUGCAAGUUUCUGAAGAUAUGGUUGACGAUGAUAUCUCAUCAAGAGCUGGAAACUUGAUUGUCCCAAACUUAGGUGCUGAAGUAUCUAGUGAUGUUACCUCGUCAUCCGGCGCGGUGAAACUGGAAGACCUGCAAAGAAUCUUGAGUAACAUUGGGCCUGCAGAUGGUGCUGGAGACCCAGAUAGAGGCUUGGGACUAGAUGACAUACUGAAGCCCGAUUUGAUUAUGCCAUUGAUUGAGACACUGCCAUUGGAACAGGAUUUAGCUUCUUACUUACCGGAGGGUCAGUGGUCUCCGGAAGAUCUCUUAGAGUUGCUGCAAAGCCCGCCUUUCCGCCAACAAGUAGACUCAUUUACCUAUGUGCUUCGAACCGGGCAGAUAGAUUUAACCCAGUUUGGAAUUGACCCGAGUAAAUACAAGUUCACAGUGUUGUCAUUUUUGGAAGCGCUCGAAGAUUCUGUUGCAAGAACUUCGGAGUCGGAGUCAAGACAAGGUGAUAAGGAUUUGAGAUCUCAAUCGUGUAACCGAAAUGAGCCCAUGGAUGAGUCCCAGUAGUUUGCUUUGGACAUGAUUCUUAUGAUCCUAUCCCGAAGUUGUUUAUUUUUCCAUUUCUUCUUGUUCAUUGUGGUAGAGAACUUGUUAUCUGGUUACUUUUUGUCUUUCAUAUUUCACAAGGUAUAUGCUUUUACAAUGGGAA